GUUGAGGCUGCGGCUGCCAGUCGAUUUCCAGCACGCGCGUGGCCGCUGGAGCUGGGUAGCAGCGAGGAUCCGCCAGGGGUGCGGGCGACGGCUUCAGCCGCACCGCGGGCUGGCCAAGGCUGCGCGCCGGACUCCGACUCUCAGCAAAAGUGUCUCUGGCCAGGAGGAGCUGAAGUUCUGCAGGACAUUGGUCCGCCCGGGGACGGUCCACUCCGCGGGGACUUUGGAUAAGAACCUCCUCUACAGCGGUGAGGUCACACCCUUUGGAGCCCUCCCUCUUCCCACCCCUCCCGCUCCCGGGUCUCCUUUGGCCUGGGGUAACCCGAGGUGCAGAGGGCCGAGAAUGAGGCGACUGCGGAGGAUGGAGAAAUAGCCCCGGGUCCCGUGGAAAAUGAGGCCGGCGAACCUGCUGCAGCUGGUGCUGCUGCUUGCCCUGCCCAGGGGCCUGGGCGGAAAGGGGUGUUUGUCUCCACCCUGCGAGUGCCAUCAGGAGGAGGACUUCAGAGUCACCUGCAAGGAUAUUCAACGCAUCCCCAGCUUACCGCCCAGUACGCAGACUCUGAGGCUUAUUGAGACUCACCUGAGAACCAUUCCAAGUUGUGCAUUUUCUAAUCUGCCCAAUAUUUCCAGAAUCUACUUAUCUAUAGAUGCAACUCUGCAGCAGCUGGAAUCACACUCCUUCUACAAUUUGAGUAAAGUGACUCACAUAGAAAUUCGGAACACCAGGAGCUUAACUUACAUAGACCCUGAUGCCCUCAAAGAGCUCCCCCUCCUAAAGUUCCUUGGCAUUUUCAACACUGGACUUAAAAUGUUCCCUGACCUGACCAAAGUUUAUUCCAUUGACAUAUUCUUUAUACUUGAAAUCACAGACAACCCUUACAUGACAUCAAUCCCUGUGAAUGCUUUUCAGGGACUAUGCAAUGAAACUUUGACACUGAAGCUAUACAACAAUGGCUUCACUUCAAUCCAAGGACACGCUUUCAAUGGGACAAAGCUGGAUGCUGUUUACCUAAACAAGAAUAAAUACCUGACAGUUAUUGACAAAGAUGCAUUUGGAGGAGUAUACAGUGGACCAACCUUGCUGGACGUGUCUCAUACCAGUGUCACUGCCCUUCCAUCCAAAGGCCUGGAGCACCUGAAGGAACUGAUAGCAAGAAACACUUGGACUCUUAAGAAACUUCCACUUUCCUUGAGUUUCCUUCACCUUACACGGGCUGACCUUUCUUAUCCAAGCCACUGCUGUGCUUUUAAGAAUCAGAAGAAAAUCAGAGGAAUCCUUGAGUCUUUGAUGUGUAAUGAGAGCAAUAUGCAGAGCUUGCGCCAGAGAAAAUCUGUGAAUGCCUUGAAUAGCCCCUUCUACCAGGAAUAUGAAGAUAAUCUGGGUGACAGCAGUGUUGGGUACAAGGAAAAGUCCACGCUCCAGGAUACUCCUAGCAAUGCUCAUUAUUAUGUCUUCUUUGAAGAACAAGAGGAUGAGAUCAUUGGUUUUGGCCAGGAACUCAAAAACCCCCAGGAAGAGACCCUACAAGCUUUUGAUAGCCAUUAUGACUACACCGUGUGUGGGAACAAUGAAGACAUGGUGUGUACCCCCAAGUCGGAUGAGUUCAACCCGUGUGAAGACAUAAUGGGCUACAGCUUCCUGAGAAUUGUGGUGUGGUUUGUUAGUCUGCUGGCUCUCCUGGGCAAUGUCUUUGUUCUGCUUAUUCUCCUCACCAGCCACUACAAACUGAAUGUCCCCCGCUUUCUCAUGUGCAACCUGGCCUUUGCAGAUUUGUGCAUGGGGAUGUACCUACUCCUCAUCGCCUCUGUAGACCUCUACACUCACUCUGAGUACUACAACCAUGCCAUUGACUGGCAGACAGGCCCUGGGUGCAACACAGCUGGUUUCUUCACUGUCUUUGCAAGCGAGUUGUCUGUGUAUACACUGACGGUCAUCACCCUGGAGCGCUGGUAUGCCAUCACCUUCGCCAUGCGCCUGGAUCGGAAGAUCCGCCUCAGGCAUGCAUGUGCCAUCAUGUUCGGGGGCUGGGUUUGCUGCUUUCUUCUUGCCCUGCUCCCUUUGGUGGGAAUAAGUAGCUAUGCCAAAGUCAGCAUCUGCCUGCCCAUGGACACGGAGACCCCUCUGGCUCUGGCAUAUAUUGUUUUUGUUCUGACACUCAACAUAGUUGCCUUCGUCAUUGUCUGCUCCUGUUAUGUGAAGAUCUACAUCACAGUCCGAAAUCCGCAGUACAACCCAGGGGACAAAGAUACCAAAAUUGCCAAGAGGAUGGCUGUGUUGAUCUUCACUGACUUCAUGUGCAUGGCCCCAAUCUCGUUCUACGCUCUGUCAGCCAUUCUGAACAAGCCUCUCAUCACUGUUAGCAACUCCAAAAUUUUGCUGGUCCUCUUCUAUCCACUUAACUCCUGUGCCAAUCCAUUCCUGUAUGCUAUUUUCACCAAGGCCUUCCAGAGGGAUGUGUUCAUCCUACUCAGCAAGUUUGGCAUCUGUAAACGCCAGGCUCAGGCAUACCGGGGGCAGAGGGUUCCUCCAAAGAAUAGCACUGAUGUUCAGGUUCCAAAGGUUACCCAGGACAUGAGGCAGAGUCUCCCCAACAUGCAAGAUGUCUACGAACUGCUUGAAAACUCCCAUCUAACCCCAAAGAAGCGGGGCCAAAUCUCAGAAGAGUAUAUGCAAACAGUUUUGUAAGUUGACACUACGCUAUGCACAAUGGUGGGGGAACUUACAAAAGAAUCGUUUUUUAAAUAUGCAUUCCAAUCCCAUGACACCCCUAACACCUAGCUGCCCUCACUGUUGUGCAGGCGAUGUUUCAAUGUUUCAUGGGGCAAGAGUUUAAUCUCUGGAGAGUGAUUAGUAUUAACCUAAUCAUUGCCUCCAAGAAGGAAGUUAGGCUACCAGAAUAUUUGAAUCCCAGGUGGAAUCAAAAUAAUCUUCUUUCUAGAAGACUUUCUUGAUGUUAAGUCCAGAGAUGGCAUUGUGUAAGAUGUUCAGUAAAUAUUAACUGAGCCAUGUCAAUAUAGAGCUUCUCAGUUUUGUAUAGCGUUUCAUACUAAAGAUUCAGCAAAUGGAAAUGCUAUUAAUUUGGUUGGUGACCACAAGAUAAAAUCAGUCCCAUGUGGGCUCAGUUCGACUUGAUGUUCUCUGAUCCAAAGAGAAUUUGAUUUUCUUAAAACUGAAAAGCCAAACACAACGAGCUGUCAUACAAGCAACAGCUAUUAUGAGACAUGAAGGAGGGAAAGAAUUAGCUUUGAGUUUGGUUUUGCUUUAUUUGUUUUUUAAAUCAACCUAUUAAUCAUCUCUUCUCAAGAAUCCACCUGAUGUGGUCCAGCUAUUAACUGUUGCCUGGAAAAGCUGGCAAGAUUUCGGCUUAUGUGGCCUAGCAAACUAAGAAUUGCUCUUCUUGGCCAGCCUCAUAGCAUAAAAGAUUUGAACUUUAGAAAGUCUUUCUAAGUAGCAAUAAGUAGGAAUUGUGGGCAGAGCACACUCAAUCCCCUGUUGAUUAAUAAAACAAACUGGACACUAACUAUGGUACUUCGGGCAAAUCACUUGGCCUCAGAAAUCUGUAGAAUUGAAGGAGUCCAAUAACUUCUUCCAAUUUUAAAACUCUAGUAUAUCCCUUUCCCUUGAAACAUGUAUUUCUAAGAUAAAGAGAAAGAAGAGCACUAAGUAGAAUCUGCUUUUCCUGUUUUUUAGGGAUGCUGUCUCCUUCUCCUUGGAGCCUAGACAUAUGACCCUAGAAAUUUUUCCUUUGUUUCACUUUUGGUUAUAAUGUCCGAACCAAAAAUUCAACUGAGUGAUCAUAUUCGGCUGGAUCUGAAUCACUCAUUUAAUUAUUAGAUCUACCCAGCUACACUUAUUAGGCCAAAAACAGAUGUGUGUUUGUAGAAAAGAAUAAAUGAUAGUUACACAUUUUGGUUAUUUAGAGUUGCUACUUCACUAUGAAGAGUCACUUCAAAACACUCUGCUUAUCUUUAGGGAUGGGUUUUGCCUUUCCAGCCCACAGUAUUGUUGUAUCCAAGUGAGUUAGAAGGAAAACGCCAUGCUCUGAGUUCAAAUUCAGGAGUCCUUUUAUUGCCGUCAACCGAGAGUCAGCUCACACUCAAAAUCUCUCGGCCCUAAGGAAGGGGCCUGAUUAUGUUUUAUACCUUGAUUUAGGUAGGGGAGGGGAGUACCUGGCUGAAGUGAAAUUUUACAGAAGCAGAAAAGCAGGUUAGAGGAAGAGGCUGCAGGCACAGGUGGUUUCCAUACAAUUACCAAGGACGGGGGUGACCAGGCUCCUUCUACACAAAGAUAAAAGGGAAACUUUUUUCUUACAAUAGCAUGGGGGAGGUAUGCCAAGCAGGACAUGGUUACGACGGUUACAGGUGUUAAGAACAGUAUGCUUCAAUGCCUCUAAGUGCAGCAUGACCCAGUUAUGCACCCAAGGGGCUGCGGUAAGGAGGGGGAAGCCAGGCUGGAAAUUACAGCUAAAAUGGAGUCAGUUAUGCUAGCCCAGGGUAGGUUAUUACAGUGUGAUACUAAAGCUGUCAAGAGAGGUUUCUUCUUUUCUGAAACUGCCAGCUCUUUCCAGCCCUGUUGAUCACUGGACAUAAAACCUCUUUUUCCCAAUAAUUAUUCUUUACCUACAAUAGUAAGGAUCUUCAUCUACAGCUGUACGCUUCAGGUUACCUGUCAUGAUAGCCCCCUAAUGUCCUGCUAGAAAAGUCUCCAAGCAGAGAUGACAUUACUUCUGAGCGCUCAUGAACCACACCAUGAAAUAAAAGCUCUUUGUUGUUUUAAGUCUGCGGAGUGUGGUUAAUGGAUCCCCACAGAUGGCCCCUGCUGGACUCACCUGGAAUCUCUCCCUAGUCAUACCCAUUCAUCGCUAUCAAUGAGACUUGCACAUCUUAACAGAAAUAUUAUGAACAUCUGAAAUCAUGACUGACCUAGAAUUUCGCUUGUAACUAAUGAAAUUAAACAAAUGUGUUGCCUUUUGUCGUGUGUCUCUCCUGUGACAUUUUGAAAUACCACAUCUUGAUAAAUAAUGUGUUUCAUCUUGAAUAGCUGAACUAAUGCUUUGGAAACAGAAUCCUAGAAAAGUGACUUCAACAGAAUUGUUACUAAAAUUUGCACUCACGACAUGAAAUAAAUUUUCUUCCUAUGAAACAAUUGUG